UACCUGGCUCGCUUUGCUAUUAUCAUAAGGCUCGGAUAGUUGUUGGGUUUAGCUUUGCGCAACUGGUACUUUCCUUUCAGAGGGACUAGACAUCAAGACCAUACAAUAUGUCUGCAAAGUCGGUACAAGGGCCUAAUGGCAAAAAGCCUGCAUCAGCAGCCACCAAUUUGAUCGCUGGUGGUGGUGCUGGUAUGAUGGAGGCGCUCGCGUGCCAUCCUCUCGAUACGAUCAAAGUUCGAAUGCAGUUGUCAAGACGAGCUCGUGCGCCGGGAGCGAAGAAACGCGGUUUUAUUACUACUGGCGCCGAGAUUGUGAAGAGAGAAACAGCAUUGGGUCUAUACAAGGGUUUGGGCGCGGUGUUGACUGGAAUCGUCCCGAAGAUGGCCAUACGGUUUACGAGUUACGAAUGGUACAAGCAACUGCUAGCGGAUAAAGAUGGCAAUGUCGCGUCGAAAUCUACAUUCAUGGCUGGUCUAGCCGCCGGAAUUACAGAAGCCGUUCUUGUCGUCACUCCUAUGGAAGUGGUAAAGAUCCGUCUACAGGCGCAGCACCACUCCAUGGCAGACCCACUCGAUGUGCCGAAGUACCGAAAUGCCGCUCAUGCGAUGUACACUGUUGUCAAGGAAGAAGGCGCUGGAGCAUUGUGGCGCGGUGUCUCACUCACUGCUCUGCGCCAGGGAACCAACCAAGCGGCAAACUUCACGGCAUAUUCUGAGCUGAGGGCACAAUUGCAGAAUUACCAUGGCAGCACUGACAUUCCCAGUUACCAAACAAGUAUGAUUGGACUGAUAAGCGGUGCUGUGGGACCUUUUACAAAUGCACCCAUUGACACCAUCAAGACGAGGCUGCAGAAAACGCCUGCUGAGGCAGGCCAAAGUGCCCUACAACGAAUUACAAACAUUGCCGGUGAUAUGUGGAAGCAAGAAGGAGUUCGAAGUUUCUACAAGGGCAUCACACCACGCGUUAUGCGAGUCGCUCCCGGUCAGGCUGUUACAUUUACUGUGUACGAAUAUCUAAAGGGUGUUCUAGAGCGUGGACGAGAGAUGCUACCGGGCGGCCAAUACGAAGAGUAGGCUACGACCAGUCGGGUUAAGUAUCGGGGGUAGCUUACAAGUUCUGAUGUUAUUCUGAAUAGCGAGUGUAAAACCAUUGAUUGCAUUUGGAAAUGAAUUUCUUUUUACCCGCAUGGUUCAUGCUUGUAUCGGGCCAUCUCUAGGAACAGGAAGGUAUGGCAAAAGCAGGG